AUGGAUGAUGAAAGUGAAAUAAGUGGUGGAUCGUCGCCAUUUCUGGACUCUCCCGAUACUAUUCAAGUACAAGGCAAACAGAGUUCGUCUCUACUUGAGAAAAAAGACGAUAUAGUUCCAACAGUGGCUAGAGAAAAGGUCAGAGAGUUAUUGAAUUUGGAGUAUAAAUUAAGUACGUUGCAGAAUACUUACGAAUUGGAAAAAUUACAAGCACAACGACAAUUCAAUGAUUUAGAGAAGAAACAUCGAGAUACCCUUGAGCAACUAGAGGGUGCGAUGGAUAAUUCAAGGUUCUUACAUGAUGAGAAUGAACAUGUGGUAAAUGAGUUGGAUAGAUUGAAGUCUGAAUUACAAAAUACCGAUAAUAACAAGGAUUCUCAAAUGCAUGAUCUAGAACUAAAAUUGCAUGAGAGGGAUAAAACAAUAGAUGAUUUGAAAUUCAAACAUGAAUCAGACAUUUCAAAGUUUAAUUAUGAAUUAGAAAGUUUACGGGAUGAGAAAGGGAAUGUUGAUGAACUGGUACAGAAAUAUAAUGCAGAGAUCAUUAGACAAGCUGCUGAUAUCAAAAAACUUUCAAAGGAGCUUAAUAGUAAAGAAGAUGAAAUAUUGGAAUUGAAGAAUUCAAAUAUCUUGAAUUCUCAUCCAAAUUAUAAUACAGAAGAAUUUAGAGAUUUAUCUACAAUGAAUAAACUUUUCAAAGAACAAGCGCAAUAUUGUAAGGAAUUAGAAGAAAUUAACUUGAAACAAGCUAAUGAAUUGAAAAAAUAUAGAAAUUCAGAAGAUUCCUCCAGUUUUUGGAAAAAUGAAAGUGAGAAAUUAGAAUUGAAAGUUCAACAAUUUGAAUAUCUUGAAAAAAAAUACGAGGAUGGGCAAGUUGAAUUAUUAGAAUUAAAGUCUAAACUUACGCAAUAUAAUAUGUUUACCGAGGAAUUGAAAGGUAGAGAUAUGUUUAACAUUCAACCUGAGGAGGUAAUUAAUGAAUUAGAUUUAUUAAAAAAAGAAAACUUAGUAGUGAUCGAUGAAAAUUCUAAAUUAAACAUAAAUAUGAGCAAUGUGAAGAUAUUAAAUGAAGAACUGGCCCUUGAGAGGACACAACUGUUGAAUCUAAAUAAAGAUUAUGAAAAUAGCAUUAUUAAUUUGAAAAGAUUAAAUUAUGAAUUGGAGCAACAAAAAUUUUUAUCAUUUGAAGAAUGCAAAUUAUUACGCCAACAAUUACAAGAUCUUGAUAAUUUUACAAAUAAUAGUAUGAAGGGUAUAGAGACUGAAAAAGAUAACGUGGAUGAGAAGAUAGCCCCUCCUAAAAUCGAUAAUGAUAGCAACAAUUUAAUUGAAAAUUAUAAGAAUAGAACCGAUGAAUUGACGGGUGAAUUAAAAAAGUUAAACCAACAGAUGUUAGCUUCCCAAGAAGCAGAGGCUCAGAAUUUUAAAAAGAGGAAGUUAAAAGAUACAAAUGGUAUGACAUAUUAUUCUCAAAGAAUAAAUGAAUUGCAAUUAGAGAAUGGAAAGUUGACUAGAGACUUACAAAAAUAUCAUAAUCUAAAUAGUUUACUAGAAACAAAGCUUAUGAAGUUAAUAAACUUGAAGGAAAAGAAGAUUAGGAUUUUAGAACUUCGUGAGAAUCCUCUAAUGAAGGAUCAAUUCGUUAAAAGAAAACAAUUGGAACUACUACUACAAGAGAAUAAAGAUUUGCUUGCCCAACUCCAAUCUGACAUUAACGUAAAGACCAUUCCUGUUUCUGUUUAUGAAUCUCUAAAUUUUGAUAUCAAACAACAGGAACAAGAAAUUUUUAAAGCGAAUAAGAAAUUUACUAGAUUAAAGGAAGUUUACAAUAAAAAAUCCUUAGAAUUCAUUGAAGUAGUAAAUUCGAUUCUCGGUUUUAAAUUAGAAUUUAGGCCUGAUAAUAAAGUAAAAAUAUAUUCAUGUUAUAUGCCCAAAAAAUACUUGGUGGUGGAUUUAAAACGUAACACACUUGAAUCAAAUUUGGCUGUAGAUAAUUGGGAUGAACUUUUGGAAAUAUGGAUAGAAAAAAGGGGACAAAUACCAUGUUUUUUAGCAACAAUCACGUUGCAACUAUGGAACGCGUCGCACACUAUUAGUUCUAAUACAUAA